AUGAAACGACAAACCUCGUCGAACGUCGAUUCGCCAAGAUCACGGGUCCAUAGUGCGCCGCCAACGGAAAACCGAAAAUCUUCAAAAGCGUCGUUCCUUCCACCACUAGCCGGCGUUGCAAUUCAAAUUGAAAAACCCACCACACCGGAUCCGGAAAAAGUUCGUCUCAUUCUUGAGCAACGCAUCUCGCAAGCGCUCGCCGGACCGUCAACGAUAUUAAAGGCGCAGAAGAGUAGCAACGAUGGUCUCACGACGCGAAGGGCGUCGCUACAACGCUCAUCGGCGAUCACGUCGCAAGAGAUGACGUUGGUGCCAAUCGAUGCGAACGAGUUGAGCAUGCUGCGAAGCAUCAAUCGAAAUCAACAGGAUGGCGACAUGAAUGAGGCGGUCGAUGAUCUCUACAAGCAUGAGUAUCAGGACGAGUCCGACGAUGAGAUGGAGGCGUUGAGGAAUCGGAGGAAGAGCAGUAUGGUUCGGCAGGAUGAGCAGGAGGGUAUGGACGCCUCGUUGGCUGGUGUUCGUCUCAAGCCAAUGGUUAUCAAGAAUUCAGAAAGCCGACUCUCCGGAUAUCGACACGAGAAAAUGCGAUCGUCGACGAAAUCGGGUGAUCUGAGCGUCGAUCAAAUCUCGGGCCUCGUCUACGAUAUCGAUUUCGACUGCUAUUACAACCCGAAAACCGACACCUAUUAUCGAUUGAUGUCGCACUCAAAAUCGGGCGAAUCGUCAUUUUUGAUGCCAAAAGAGAUUUUGUGA